AUGAAAGGCACUGGCAUACGCAGAGCAAAGAUGGCUUCUUCUUCAACUGAAAAAUUACCUCACGUUUUAGCUGUUGAUGAUAGUAGUGUUGACAGAAAUAUCAUCCAACAGUUACUGCUCACCAAUUCUGCAUGUAGAGUGACUACUGCAGAGAACGGGGAAAAAGCGCUUGAGUUCUUGGGCCUUGCACACGGACAAGACUCCUGCACCUGCAAUAGCGACUUGGAGGUCAAUUUGGUCAUCACAGAUUAUAGUAUGCCAGGAAUGACAGGAUAUGAGCUACUUAAAAAAAUGAAGGAAUCGCCCACCAUGAAGAACAUACCAGUGGUUAUAUUAUCAUCUGAGAAUAACCCCCGGCGAAUUGAGCUGUGUAAAAAGGAAGGAGCAAAUGGAUUUUACAAGAAGCCCCUAACGCUGACAGAUAUUGAUCAAUUGGUAUCAUCUGUGAAAGGGCUCAGCUAUCCUAGUAAAAAGAAGCAUAUAAUUGCACGGGAAUAA